AAGCAACAGCUUAGGUAAUCACCGUCAUCUUCCAACUCUUAGUCUCCGGCGUGUCUGGGUAAAUUCUCUAUGAGCUUCAACAAUUGCAUCGCAAACUUCGCAAGCAAAGUAAUCUCACCACGAAUACCUGCUGUCUUACUUGUUGGCAUUUCGCCUUCGAUACGUCUCAAUAUAGAGAUUCAGUAUCUUUUCAUUCGACAUACAUUGCGGGCGUGCUUGAUAAACCAAAAUACUUGAAACCAUUGUCCGUCUCUCUGGACUCCGGUGUAUUCCACGGUAUUCUGACAAACCAUCAUGCGUCUUCACAACCUCCCAACCGAAACCGCAUUUCUAUCAACCCUUCUCUUUCCACUCCUUUCUUCCGCGCUCGGAAACUUAGAUUGUACGAACAUAGUUAUCGACAAAAAGCCGUUCAAUUUGGAAGCAUUAGGUGGACCACGGUCGGCAUUACACAGUGUUGAAGAUUAUGUCGGUGAAGCAAAAGGAUGGACAAAUACAACAUACACAAUCGACCUUUGCAACCCUAUAGUCAGGAAGGGGUUCUAUGAGUGUCCAGGUGGGACAAGAGUUUGUGGCAUAACACAUGUUAUCAACGAAGAGGAAGGAUCAGACGCAACACAACAAAUAGUUCCAUUUGCAGGCGAAUUACAAAAUUACGGCGGAGGUCCUCUCGACGCUAAAGUGGAACGACUUAGCAACUCUAAAUCUCAUUCAGACGCCGACAAGGAAGGAUUACGUGUAGAGCUAAACGGCGGCUUCAUCGUACAAGGGAAGAACAAGAGACCACAAAAAGCUAUCGUGGAAUUCAUUUGCGAUGCGAACAGAACUGGGUUGGAAAAUCUGUGGGUGCCACCAGAGCCAAAGAAGAAGCAGAAGGAUGAGAAGCUCGACGAGAGGGAGGAAGAAGGGAAUGAUGAUGGAGUUAUUGGAGCACUAGGUAACGACUCGAGUCUCCAAUUUGUUAGGUUGGAUAAGGAUAAAGGCGACGCAGAUAUCCUAAGAUUGACUUGGCGCACAAAGUAUGCUUGUGAGGAUGGCCCGAAGGAUGAUGGUGAUGACAAGAAAAGUUCACAUUGGGGGUUUUUUACUUGGUUCAUUAUUGUUGCAUUCCUUUCAACGGCCGCAUACUUAAUCUUCGGUUCUUGGCUCAACUACAAUAGAUAUGGCGCUCGCGGAUGGGACCUUCUUCCUCACGGAGAUACGAUUCGUGACGUUCCAUACUUAUUGAAGGACUGGUCCAGAAGAGUUUUGAGUACAGUACAAGGUGAUAGAAGUAGAGGAGGUUAUGCGGCAGUAUGA